AUGUUCGACUGGAUGAAAGGAAUAAUAUUGUCAAAGAAACAUGCACUGAAGAGUGAGGAUAAACAGACCAUUGAUGAGAGACCUACCAUGUGCAAGAGCGAGGGUAAACAUACCACCGAUGAGAGACCAAGCACGUGCAAAAAUGAGGAAAGAGCCCAGAAGCGAUUUGCAAGGGAGCACAGCAAACGAGGGCGUGCUCGAGAGAAGGCUUUACGAAAGCAAUGGGAAGGGGACCAGAAGUUUGCUAUGAGAGGAAGCUUUGUGACGAUAGCCGGUGGUGGUGGAUGCUGA